AUGAGUUUCCCAGGUCACAACCCUGACCUGUUCAGGUGGAGGGGCCACGACAGGAGUAAAACAUGCGCAGAUAAGGUGCACGUGCAGACUGGGGAUAUUGAUCAGUGGAGGAAGCGGGUGGAGAUGGCCUCAGAGUUUUCUUUAUCUAAAGUCUUCUCCCACAAGACACCUCAGUCAGGAAGCCGCAGCCGAGCCGUUCCACUGCAAAGCUCUGACCAGUUAAAAGAACACGAUGAUGCUUACAGCGAAGCUCAGGCUCUUCUUAAUGGUUGGCUGGGCAGUAAGAUGCGGUCGGAGCUGGAGGAGGUGGAGGAGGAAGAUGACCUGAUGUGCUCCACUGGGAGGAGACGCCCCACUGCACAGGCUUAUACUCUCCCUACCGCCCGAGACUACGACAGCUUUGAUGAUCUCUACAACUGCCUGACAGAGGAUGAGGAGUACGGCUCUGUUAAAAGCUUCCUACAAGGCCUGAUGGAGCAGGAGGUUCUAGACAGUGGGACGAUGGAGGAACUGGUGCUGGAUGUCGGACAAACGAGAAAGAAGUUCAGGGACCCGCUCGUCACCAUGGAAGCACGACACAAGCUGGUGCGAGAGAACAGGGCCCGGCUUGACGCCCAGAGGCAGAGCCAGCAGAGAGAGAGAGAGGCUCAGCGGGGAGCCAGAGAGGAGGAGAAGAGGAGGGAGCGAGAGGAGGAGGCCAGGAAGAAGCAGGAGGCGCACAAACAGGAGGAGCUGGUGCAGCAGGAGAUGGUGCGACUGCGGCGUCAGAUGGAGGAGAUGAAAGGCCCGAAUCGACAGAGGGAGAGAGAGAGAAUGGAAGAUCAGAAGUCGGCCAGUAACCUCCAGUCAGCCCCAACACAUUCCACGAAACAGCCGAAGCAGCUGGAAACACAGCAACUGUACAGGGAACAGAAGAUUCAAACCAUGCUCCACCUGAGCAACCUUAAGUGUUUGCAGAGGCAUUUUUCGAAUUGGUAUUCAGUCGUGUUGGACCGAAAGCUUCGUAUGGGUAAGGCCGGGGCCCUCUCUGACUGGAAGAGGAAGCUGAGAGCCUGGCGAGGCUGGCGGACGGUGGUGUGGGCGGAGCAGAAGCAGCGAGAAGUGGCGAGUACAGAGGAGAGGCUACGGACCGAUAACAGACAAUGCCAGCUGGCUGUGGAGAGUGACCGAAGGCGGCUGCUGAAACAUUGUGUGAACGGGUGGCGGCUGUGGUGUCGCAAGGAGAAGGAACAACGAGAGCUUUUGGCCCAGCAACAGGAAACCCGCCGAAAAAUGGCGGCUUUAAUCAGCGCUGCAUCAACAGGCAAACUCAAGCCCCCAGUAGCCCCCCGUGAUCGACUAGUUAUGUCCCCACCCGAGGCAACGAAUCCACCAAAGACCACGAAGAAGGGGGAUCACCACAGGUCAGGCUCUUUGGCCCGCAACGCCUCUGCACUACAUCAGGUUAAGAUGCCUGCGAGAGCAGCGGCACAGCCCACUCAGCCGUGGCAGGUGACCCGAAGGCAUGCGGCUCCGACUGCUGCUGAGCUCCAGGACGCACGGCAGCAAGGUGUCGGUGGCGAAGCGGAGAGCGACACGUCACCCGGCGACAGGUUUGAGAACAGACACGCCAUCCAGCAGCAAGUCAUCGCACAACAACGGAGGCUGCUGAAGGUGCAGCAAGACCAAAUUGCACAGCUGAAGGAGGAGCAGAGCGUGAAGGGUUUGGAGGAGGAGCUGAAGAGAAGUGCACAGUUGUCCCAACCAUCAAAGGGAAGAGGCUCGAGACCAAAGAGCCGCGACUCUGAGCCCGCAGAGCAGAGGGAACAGAGAGAUUCUGCAGAGACUGACAGUCCGUUGACGCCUCCGAGGAAAGCUGUCGCACGCCAGACAUGCCCUCCUCCAAUCCUCUCCGCCAUGGAGGCCCGCGCCCGCCAACGCACAGAGCGAAGGAAGGAGAUCGAGGAGCUCAAGAGAAAGAAGGAGGAGGAGAAGCUGGUUGAGUUGAAAGAAGCUGAGGAGCAGAGAAAGAGGGAGGAGGAGGAGGAAAAACAGCGAGCAGCAGAGAAGAGGAGGGAGGAGAAGAGGCUGGAAAGAGAAAGGGAAGAGGAAAAUAAGAGGCAGGUGAAAAGGCAGCAAGAUCUCCUGCAAGUCGCCCGUCAACACUACAGAAAAACCUUGUUGCUACGGAGAGGCCUGGCGCCGUGGAAACGCCUCAUUCAGCUCAAACGAGCCAACACACAGCUGGCCGAGAGUCAUCACAAUCUCCUCCUCCUGAAGAGCUGCACGCUGGGCUGGCAGCAAUCAGCAAGAGAGGCCGUGUCUGGGAAAGAAGCUUCUGCUGACCGACUGCACCGGCACCGUGUGCUUCAGACCAGCUUAGGCUGCUGGAUGAGACUGAGGGACUGGCGGCAGAUUCAGCAGCAGCGAGCCGAGCACUUCCAUCGCACUCGCACUCUGAGGAGGUUUCUGCUGGCGUGGCUGCACCAUGUGACCCAGGAGAGGCUGGACGACUGGGACCGUCGGGAGCUGGCUCAGGAGCACAACAACAGACGGGUGCUGCGGCGAUGCUUCCUGGCCUGGAGGCCGCUUCCCUGUCUGCUGCGCAAGGAAAGGCAGCGGGAGAUGCGGCGGGAGAAGCUCGGACGGAAAGUGACCGAAGUCCUGCCGGAUUUCUGCUCGCUUCCACCGCUGAGCCUCUGGGAGAGAGAGUCGGAACCGCCCACCCACACAGAGGACACACAAACUGUGCCGAGGACACUCGUAGAAACACAAAGAAAGUGA